AUUAUUAUAAAUAAUUCUUCGUGAAGUGCGUGCUGUUAUAGUCAUUGUUAUUUCUCAGUCUCAUUAAAUUAUGAUUGAAUUACGUCGUUUAUGUACUAUACUUCUUGGUCUUUCUAUAACAUUAAUUGGUAUUGGUAUAGCAACAACAAAAUGGGGAUGUGGAGGAUUGUUUGAUUCAUGUCAAAGAGGAGAAUCAAAAGAUGCAAUUAUAGCUGUUGUAGUAUUACUACUUAUUGGAGUUAUUGCUUUAACAGUAGUCUUUAUAUUGGAUUUAAUUGGAUUGUGUUCAGAUGUAAUUAUUGUUAGUAUUGGUUAUAUAACUGCACGUUUUAUUUUAUUAUAUUUGGGUACAGCUUGUUUAGUUACUGGUAUUUUAGUAUAUACUGGAAAAUUUAAUGAUACAUGGUCAUAUUUUUUGGCUACUGUUGGUGUAGUAUUUGCAAUUCAAGUUUCUAUUUUAGCAAUUAUGAAUUCACGUUGUAUGUCAGUACAUACAGAAAGAGUUGUUAUACGUUCAACACGUUGA